ACCUGAGCGCGCUCAGAGCAGGCUUGUUCCACUUGUUCCUGCAGCUGCAGAGAGGUGAACUCAGCUCGGCUUCACUUUGUUUUUCAGGUGUGCUUUUAACAGUUUGGACGCUUUAUCACAAACACGGAAUGACGAUUUAAGCUGCCAAGAAACUAGCAUCUAAAGGAAGGAGGCUAACAACAAGCUAAACGGCUAAUGCUAAUACCUGCGUUAAAGUUCGUUUCAGACUUUGAGGCUUGAGUCUGGGUCCAAACUGAUCUAACAGCAGGUUCGUGUUCCUGCUGCAGUAAACAUGGCAGAGUGGGACGCUUACUACCACAAUGAGGAGGAGGAGGAGGAGGCAGGAGAGGCAGAACUGGCUGCAGGAAAUUACAAGAUUACUGGAAGAGACAGCUUGGUGUUCUUGGUUGAUGCCUCCAAGGAAAUGUUCAUCAAAGGUGAAGAUGGGCAACCUUCAAACUUUGACAUGACCAUGCAGCUUUGGUGUUUUUUGGCACAGAACAGAGCAAGAACCCCAGGAAC